AGCUAUAGGACAAGAGCUUCCUGGUGAAGUGUGUUUCUUGAAACCAUCACCACCAUGGACAGCAAAGGUUCGUCGCAGAAAGGGUCCCGCCUGCUCCUGCUGCUGGUGGUGUCAAAUCUACUCUUGUGCCAGGGUGUGGUCUCCACUCCUGUCUGUCCCAAUGGGGCUGGCAACUGCCAGGUGUCCCUUCGAGACCUGUUUGACCGGGCAGUCAUGGUGUCCCACUACAUCCAUAACCUCUCCUCGGAAAUGUUCAACGAAUUUGAUAAACGGUAUGCCCAGGGCAAAGGGUUCAUUACCAUGGCUCUCAACAGCUGCCAUACCUCCUCCCUCCCUACCCCUGAAGACAAAGAACAAGCCCAACAGACCCACCAUGAAGUCCUUAUGAGUUUGAUUCUUGGGUUGCUGCGCUCCUGGAAUGACCCUCUGUAUCACCUAGUCACGGAGGUGCGGGGUAUGAAAGGAGCCCCAGAUGCUAUCCUAUCGAGGGCCAUAGAGAUUGAGGAAGAAAACAAACGACUUCUGGAAGGCAUGGAGAUGAUCUUUGGCCAGGUUCUUCCUGGAGCCAAAGAGACUGAGCCCUACCCUGUGUGGUCCGGACUCCCUUCCCUGCAAACCAAGGAUGAAGAUGCGCGUCAUUCUGCUUUUUAUAACCUGCUCCACUGCCUGCGCAGGGAUUCAAGCAAGAUUGACACUUACCUUAAGCUCCUGAAUUGCAGAAUCAUCUACAACAACAACUGCUAAGCCCACAUUCAUCCUAUCCAUUUCUGAGAUGCUUCUUAAUGAUCCAUUUCCUGGCAAACUUCUCUGAGCUUUAUAGUUUUUUUUAAUGCAUGCUUGGUUCCAAUGGGUUUCAUCUUCAAUAAAAACAGACUGUAGAGAUGUCAAAA